CAUCAUCAUUAUCAGCCUAUAAGUGCCACUUAUUAGCCCACUGCCGAGCAAAGGCCUCUUCUCACACGGAGAAGGUUAGAGCAUUAAUCACCACGCUUGCUCAAUGCGGGUUGGCGAUUUCAAACUUAUAAUUAGAAAUUAUAAGUCCAGGUUUCCUCACGAUGUUUACCUUCAGCGUCUGUCAGUUCCUUCGACAUUGGUGUCUAAGGAAUCACAGAAAGUACGUAUUACUCGGAAAAAGUCACAUUUGUACUUGCUAGUUUUCGAACCUACACCCUCAUGCAUGAGAAGCGGGCGCCCUAAUCUCCGGGCCUCUAAGAAUUUUUUUAUUUCACGCCGGUUUUCUGUGAGGACGUGGUAUCGCUCUGGUAGAGGCGACCCAUUCAUGCCGAAGCUUGGCUCUCCCACACUUAAAAGCCGUUUACUACAUUCAAACAACUUGCUAUUAAUAAUCGUAUAUAUCUAGAAAAAAAACAAGUAGCUACUUAUACACAAAAUUCUUACUUAGGAAAACACCCUUUAUGUACAAAAUAUCGAAAUAGAAAUAAGUCUAAUUGUCUUCAUUUCAUAGAAUUAACAAAAACAAUGUUUUUAUUUAU